GCGCGGCGGCCGCGUCGGAGGCGUCGGAGGCUCCGGGAUCUGCGGCUUUAGAACGGCCCUGGGAGGAGGCGUGGCGUCGGCCUGGGGCGCCCCGGAGGAGACGCUCCAGCGCCCGGCGGGCCUCCUGGUUCCCCCUGGCUGUGCGUGCCCUUCCACCCACCGACCCGGCGACCGGGAAGGAUGCAGACGUUGGAGCGGGAGGGCAGUGCACCCGAGGUGGGCCCCAGUGUGGUGCCUGAAGCUUCGCAGGAGUCCCCGCCUGCCCCUACCAAGUCAUCAGCGUUCGAUCUUUUCAACUUGGCUCUUUCCUACAAGCGGCUGGAGGUCUACCUGGAGCCCCUGAGGGAUGCGGGGGACGGCAUCCGAUACUUGCUCAGGUGGCAGAUGCCUGUGUGCUCCUUGCUCACCUGCCUGGGCCUCAACGUGCUGUUCCUCACCUUGAACGAGGGUGCGUGGUACUCCAUGGGUGCCCUCGUGAUCUCAGUGCCUGCCCUGCUGGGCUACCUCCAGGAAGUAUGCCGAGCCCGACUACCCGAAUCUGAGCUGAUGCGGAGGAAGUAUUACAGCGUGAGGCAGGAGGACCUGCAGAGGGUGCGCCUAUCUCGACCCGAGGCCGUGGCCGAGGUGAAGAGCUUGUUCUAUGGGGCUCUUCUGGGCACAGUUUGCAUGCUGUAUCUGCUGCCACUCUGCUGGGUCUUUGCCCUUUUAAACAGCACACUUUUCCUGGGGAAUGGGGAGUUCUUCCGGGUGGUGUCAGAGUACAGGACGGCUGUGCAGCGACGGCUGAGCCCCAGGCAGGAAGAGCCUGCUUGCCAGAGUCUCCCACUGCCAGAUGCUGUGGGAAAGUCUGCUCUGCUGGACAGCACGCCUGACCCCACGCCCACGGAGGACCUCACGCCUGGCAGUGUGGAGGAGGCUGAAGAGGCGGAGCCAGAUGAGGAGUUUAAGGAUGCCAUUGAGGAUGACGACGAGGGUGCCCCUUGCCUGGUGGAGGAUGACCUGGUGCUGCAGGACAACGGCUUCCUGAGCAAGAAUGAGGUGCUGCGCAGCAGGGUGUCGCGGAUCACGGAGCGCCUCCGCAAGCGCUGCCCGGCCAACACCUUCGGGACCUGCACGGGCUGCUCUGCCACCUUCUCAAUGCUGAAGAAGAGGCGGAGCUGCAGUAACUGUGGAAACAGCUUUUGCUCUCGGUGCUGCUCCUUCAAGGUGCCCAAGUCUUCCAUGGGGGCCACAGCCCCCGAAGCCCAGAGAGAGACUGUGUUUGUGUGUGCCUCGUGUAACCAGACCUUGAGCAAGUGAGAAGGGUGGCCAGGUGCCAGCCGCCCCCAGUCUCUCAGGCCAGCAGUAGGUUCCCCCUCUCUUCCAGCUACUAUGGGGUGGUCAGGCAGGUGUGGCCUGGAUGGUUAGAAGGCUUCCUCCUGCAUCCCUUCUGAGCUCAAACCUGAGGGGAGAGGACCCCCUGCGGAGUCUGGCUGUUUGUGGUCCUCCUCUGCCUGGCCUGAAUGUCCUCAGGGCUGAGCCAGGAGUGUCCACUAGAGGGCAGCAAGGAGCCAGCCCGCUCUUCAUCUGGCUCUGACCAGGGCUGACCCUGCUACUCCUGGGAAUUCUAGGAGACCUGAGGCUUAGGAAAGAGUUUCUUCCCUUUAGGGUGUUGGACCAGUCCCUCAGCCUGGGAGAAUGCACACAGGGCUUGGUAGUGCUGCUCUUCCGUGAUGCCAGGAUCUGACCGCUUUCUCUUCAGAUGUGACCAGAGCUAGCUGGACUAGCAGUGCUUCUAGAAACAGGGUUGCAGUUCCUAAGCUUCCCAGAGGAGAAAACGUAUGCAGGGCUGGCUGAGUCACUCAGUGUUACCUGGAGGAUAGGGAGACCUUAGCCCUGCCUUGCAGUCUUAGUCCCCGCAGUGCUGUGCUCUUCCCAUGUGCUGCUUGCUUGGUCACUCCAUUCCCUGUCCACAACUCCCACCCCCUGGAGUCCAGGGCAGAACUUCCUCAGCCGGCCCACCCUCUUCGGGCAUGUGAGGCCAGCUGACUGGAGCAGAGAUCCUGAAGCCCUUGACCCUCAGGGGCCUGGGAAAUGUAGGAACACGCUGGGCUGAGUCCUGCAUUCCAUGGCGGUUCCUAAGAGAGGAGCCUCAGUUGUGGGAUAGGGUCAGAGUGGUCCCCCAAUUCUUCCCAACAAUUUCAUAUUGACUCAUAGAUGCUGAGGGACCUAGGUCUUCCCAAGCCAUGAGCUGGCUCAGGCACUGCUCCCUUCCUUCCUGGAGCUGCCCUGCCUUUUUGAAGUAUUUAUUUAUUUAUUUCAUGGUUCCUGGGAACAUGCAGCUUAAGGAGAGGAAUGAACAAGACAAGGGGCCUCUUCUACCUGAGAUGCCCCCGUGGUCAGGGGCUGCUUCGCAUCCAGGAGCCACAGGUGGUUUGAUGGUGGGGGUUUCUGGUCUUUAAGUGGGAGCAGGCAGGAAGGCUGGGGAGACAAGGCCAGCCUUCUCACCAGGCCCAGCAGUGCAGGGCUCAGCAGCUGAGGUGCCGGUGCUUGGGGAACCAGGCAGCCUUGGUGUAUAUGCUGUGAUCUGCUGUGAGAAGGAAGUGCCCUGUGCUUCAUUACACUGGAGAUGAACCAAGAUGACCUCUGCGUAUGGAGAGUCUCUAAUAAAAAGGCCUCACGCUCCUUGG